AUGGAUACCUACCUGAACUCGCUUCCGCCGCUUCUAAACAACAGCCUGGCCAGAUGGGCGUAUAUUUCGCUCGCCGCAUUCGCCAAUCUUCCUGGCCAUUUCAACCGGACAGCGUUUGAGGCUCCAUGGGCAACCUCAGAGGUCUCUGAUGAAGGCCUUAACACAGCAUUAUCGUAUCUGAAUACCACUGAUUUUGUAGCCUACGAUUCGAGGUUCUUCGAUAUCAUUGGCCCUAACGCAACAGUGGAGCAUGUUCAAAAACUAGCCUACCAGGUUCAUGAAGCGCCGUGUUAUAUCAAGGAUACCAAUCAACUCUUUUUUGUCGAAUGGGGCCCACCAGGGGGCGACGAUGGCAUUCACUCAUGGCAGUACCUCCUGGAUGUGGAGACCAAUACCCUGCACAACAUAACCACUGACCCUCCCACAUACAACGUUCAUGGAUGCGUCUACUACAAUCAUUCCAUCCACGUGGUAACGGAUGGAUACAGUGACCUUCAAACAGGAGAGCUGGCAAAGAUCGACCCUCACAGCCACGAGAAAACAACAUUGCUGAACAACUACCUGGUGCAGCCAUUUGCGGGUUUCAAUGACCUGGAAAUUGACCGGGAGGGUAACUUUUGGCUGACAGAUUCAAGAUCAGGCUGGGGCCGACAGAUUGUUGAUUUUGCACCCCCAACAAACCCCUCUGUCUACUUCGUUGAACGAUCAACCUUUCGCACUAAGGUAGUCUAUAGUACCACUGGGAAUACCAAUGGCGUCGCUAUCUCCCCUGACGGGAACACAUUAUUCAUCCCGGAGACAGGGGUCUCGAAGUACUUUCCAAAAAGGACCGAUCCUUAUGGAUGGAGACAGCUCUGGGCGUUUGAUGUCUCGAAGCGAGGCUCCGUACUGUCAAAUCAAAGAUUCCUCACCAAUCCCAUUUCCUACUUCUAUGAUGGCGUCAGGGUGUCGCGACAUGGGUUGAUCUUUUGCGGUGCCGGGGAUGGCGUUGAUGUUCUUGAUCCCCACACAGGGUAUACGCUGGGUACAAUUCGCGUCGGUGGGGGUGAGAAUGGGGCUGUGAGUGUGGCAUUUGGGGAACAUGAACUAUGGAUUGUGGGCAAAGGAGGAGUAUGGCAUGUCAAAGGGAUCCAGGAGCAACUGGCUCGAGAGUGGUAGGCGAACUUCCCUCGCGCAGAGCAUCGGGAUUUGCCCGAUGUGGCCAGUCAUAUAGUGCUCAUGGAUAUCAGAAGAAGUUGAAUUUGCUUGUAACUUGCGAUAUUCGUAAUUCGCGGCUAGUGCCUCUCGUCGCCCUGCAAAGUAGGGAUAUCAUUUGAGUUGCUAGACUGGU